AAUGCCUAGCGUCACUGCCAAGCCUCCCCACAAGGAAGUAAGCAGAGCCAAGGGAUGAAGGACAGCAAGUGUGAUGAAAACCAGACUCCUGGGUGCAGACUGGGUUCCAGCUACUGAACCAGUGCUUCCUCUUGCUAAGGAGGAAGCGGGAUGGGACAGCAGAACCGAGUGAACCAGACUCUAUCGCACCUCCCCAUCAGAGCCCAGCCUCACUAUGACGUCAGACACGCCGAAUGGAGCUCAAGGAGUGGGAGGUGAUGGGCCCAACCUCAUCCACGGCAAGCCCUCAGCUUCCUCGGAUGUUGUUUUAUGUGGUCUAGCUGCAUUUUCUCUCAGAAAAGAGCCUGGGAGGGAAGCUUUCAUCUGCUCCCUAUUCAUGCUGUUCGCCUGCUGCUUCAUUGAUUGCCCUUCAUCUGCCCUGGCAGGGACUGGGAUGUGACUAGGGAGAGCAGGCAGCCCUGGGGUGGAUACCGGAAAUCCCUCAGCCUAGUCACAGAAGAAAUCCCCCUGCCCCCGCUUAAUUUUCGAUAAAAGACAAAAACAUCGUUCUCGCUGAAAAAUGACAAAGAACUGCUAAAUCCUGUUUAAAACUGUUUUCUCCUCCUGGCUUGAAUUUCGUUUGAAUAUUCAAUAGAGAAACCCUCUCUUUUUCCUUCAAGAAACUAAACCAUUGAGUGGAAGUUCCUCGCCCCCACCUGCAGCCCUGAGCUGCGUUAACUAUAAACUUGUAUUUUUUUUUUCAGUCUGUCUCUCUCCAGUAUUUAAGUACAGGACCAGAGAUUCAUUAGCCUAUUACAGUGACAGACAAAGUCCCCAUCAGGUACCCUGGGUGGCUCAGAACUUCCACCAACCCAAUGGGGUCAUGGAGAAAGCUCUUCCUCAGCUGCCAACCCAUGUCCUCAAUGAUGUCUAUUCCAUGAUGACUUCAGGAAGCCAUCAUAUCUCUCCGAGCCUCCGUUGUCCCGCCUGUAAGAUGGAGCCAAUAUUAAAGUCCUGAUGGGACUCAAGGGAAGAUUCAGUUAAAUGACCACGUGUUAAAAGCUAGAACAUGCUGGUCCUAGGACAAGCACUCCAAACUAGCAACCGUUACAGGCACAAGCUGCCGUGUCCAGCUUUCACAUUGGUUACUAGAUCCAAACUCAGUUCCUCGUGUUUGCAUGUGAGCUCUUUACCCUCUGAGCCGUCUUCACAGCCCCCAACCCAGCGACGAUUCUAAAGACUCAGUGGAGAGAACAUGAAGCAUCUCAGCUGACAUUUGCAAGCGCUGCUAAAAUGGGAGGUGCCACCUUCACCAGCAAGGUCAGAGGACUAGUGCCUGCUAAAGCUGGAGAGUAUCACUCACUGGAUGAGCUAAUGUCCUACUGGUGUUCCCGUUCAAGUCACCAAGAGUUUGAUCACAGACGAGAAGGCAGAAAGAACUGAAGACAGGAGGAUGGAAAGGAGUGCCAUGAAAUGCUGCCAUCCAGAUAGGGUGUGCUCUUUGCAGCUGUGAACACAGCAGCACUGGAUACCUGCUCAGACUGAUUCUCAACUUUCCAUCGCAGAUGAGGAGACUCCCAUGAGACCACACCCCUUCCUGAAGAGUUCAUGAAUGUUAAUGGUUGGCAAAGGGAAUGUCAUCUUCUCUAAUGGUGUAGCCACAGGAAGACUAGAAAAGGUCUGGAGUAGUAUGGAGUGGCCUCAAAUUAACUGAAGACAACCUUGAAAUUCUAAUUUUCUUGCCUUCACUUCCUGGGAUUACAGACAUGUACCUCCAUGCCCAGUUCAUGAGAGGCUGGGAACCAAAUCCGGGGCUUCAUACAUGCUCACCAGACAUUCUAUCAGUUGAGCUACAAAAUUCUUUACAGUCCAGAGACUCCACAACAUGCAAGAAACCCUGAAAAGACAUAUGUCAUGAAUUCAUCAUAUUGCUAUGAGCCCCACUGCCUGCUAUGCAAGAGAUUGUCACUAUGCAAGGACAACCAGGUGACCAACCACCCAGCACAGUGUCUCAACAGGGGUUUGUUACUUCUACAUUGAGGACUCUCACCUCAGUCCAUAUGGAUGGGAGAAGGGCUCAUGAGGCUUUGGGGAAAAGAAAACAAGUGUGGUGGUUGUAAUCCAACCGCACUUGGGAGGCAGGAAGACUGAGAAUUCAAGGCCAGCCUGGACUGCGUAGGCUCUCAGAUCAACCAGCACUCCAACCAAAGCUCCUAACUCCUGAGAGUUCAUGGGGUAAGGACUUAGAUAGAAGGAGCAGAGGAAACAAGUCACCUGGGAUUCUUCCCAAUAAGUCUUCGUCCAGUCACGUGGCACUGGGAAAAAGGGACACCCAGACCUGGAGAGAGAUUCCACACCAGUGCUCUGCCCAUUCCAUUCUUUCCUGCUGAACCCUCUUGCCUUCUCUCCACUGCAGGUUCCUCUCCCUUCACCCCUGUCCUAGGGCUGUCUACCUUCCUCUUCUUUCUUCCCCUUGCCCUACCACUAGCGUGGCUGUGAAUGCACCAGGAGUACUUCAUUCUCCCCUCUCAUCUUGAUGGGGUCUAUAGCCAGUUCUCCUGUUGCUCAGAGAUGUGGAGGCAGUUGCUAAGAGACAGUGAAACGUCAUUACCUGGCCCUCGAGGAAAAAAGGGGAGCGAAAAAGAGAGAGAGGAGGGGAGAGGGAUGGAGGGAGGGGGAGAGAGGGAGAGAGGGAGGAGGGAGGGGAAGACCUGGCUCUGGCGGAAGCCACACACCAAGGCAGCCUCGGCACCGGCUGAGUUUCCCAAGAGGCAUUCAGAUUCUGUGAACUUUCUAAGCAUCCUCUCUCAGAUUUCCCUUCAGCGUAAAAGAAGGGGCACAGGGACCACAGGACAGGAAAACGCAGAAGAUGCUGGCCUGGGAUCCAGGAGACAUGGAAGAGGAGAGUCGGGGGAGGGGAAGAGCCCAGUAGGCAAUCUGUUCGGAAGCUAGCAAGCAAAGAAGCGGGGAUUCCAGGAUGAGGGAGGCAGAGCCGUUUGUCUGCUGCAGAUUGAUGUCUGUGUCCUUGGAACAGAAGUGAAUUCUGCCUCUGCCUGCUGCGUGCACAGCUGUGGUGAUACCUUGAAGACAUAGAUAAUGCUUUCCUAACUGACCCCUACCUGUGCCUCCAGAACUCAUGGCUUCUUCCAGAUUCAGUGGCCCAGACAGUGGGUAUCACUCGGGACUCACCCCUCUCUGGGCAGCAAAGAGCUUCCCUUGAGAUUACAGAGGCCAAUGAGACUAAACAGCCAGGCUUUCAGGAGGCCAUGGGAACAUUCUUCUCCAAGGCCCCUUCCUAAAUCUCUGGUCCCAGGUCUUUUGUGAACUCAUGCCGGCUGGACCACCAGGGGAAACGGCCUCUGAGACCUUGGAAGCUGGAGAUCCAGGUGCAGUUCUGACUUCUUAAUCAGUCCCAGCCCUAGGACAGAGCUUAAGUUUUCUCAGAAGAAGUGCCAGAACCUUUAAAGGCCACCUUUCAUCUCUCUCACAUCGUCCCUCCCACCACUCAGACCAGCACCCAGAGGAAGCACCCAGCAGGUAUGAGUGACAGGGGCACAAAAGAUCUGCAGGGACCCUUGCAGGACCUGCUGAGAGCUGCCCCAGGUUGGUCCUUGUUCCCCUCAUUUCUCAAGCUUUGAUCACGCUUUCAGACCCUAGGGUAUCUCAGCUGGGUCCUUGCUCCCCAGGCUCCACAAAAGGGACAUCCUGUGGAUCUUGGGAAGUCUUGGGUGCUUAGAGGCUCCCAAGGAAGUCUUCAACUAUGAUAGCACACUCUCAGAAGCCCCACCUCCCAGACUCAGGCCUCUAAUGUAGCAGCCUCCCUGUACCUUGACUGUUGAACCUAGGGACACAGCUCUCAUGGGCUCCCUACAGUAUUGCUGUUGCCAGCUGCCAAAGAUGGGUGACACCUGGGCCCAGCUUCCCUGGCCCGGGCCUCCGCACCCAGCCUUGUUGCUGGUCUUCUUCCUCUUGGCAGCUGGAGUGAUGCAGUCUGAUGCCGGUACCAGUUGCCCAGUCCUUUGUACAUGUCGUAACCAAGUAGUGGACUGCAGCAGCCAGCGGUUGUUCUCCGUACCCCCGGACCUGCCAAUGGACACCCGCAACCUCAGCCUGGCCCACAACCGCAUUGCAGCGGUGCCGCCGGGCUAUCUCACAUGCUACAUGGAACUCCGUGUGCUGGAUUUGCGCAACAACUCCUUGAUGGAGCUGCCGCAGGGCCUCUUUCUCCAUGCCAAGCGCUUAGCACACCUGGAUCUGAGCUACAACAACCUCAGCCAUGUGCCAGCCGACAUGUUCCGGGAGGCUCAUGGACUGGUGCAUAUCGACCUGAGCCACAACCCCUGGCUACGGAGGGUGCACCCCCAGGCCUUCCAGGGCCUCGUGCAUCUCAGAGACCUGGACCUCAGCUAUGGUGGCCUGGCUUUCCUAAGCCUUGAAGCCCUUGAGGGCCUCCCAGGGCUGGUAACCCUGCAGAUCGGGGGUAACCCGUGGGUGUGCGGCUGCACCAUGGAGCCCUUGCUGAAGUGGCUGCGAAAUCGGAUACAACGCUGUACAGCGGAUUCUCAGCUGGCGGAGUGUCGGGGACCCCCUGAAGUUGAGGGUGCCCCCCUCUUUUCACUCACUGAAGAGAGCUUCAAGGCCUGCCACCUGACUCUGACCCUGGAUGAUUACCUUUUCAUCGCAUUUGUGGGUUUUGUGGUCUCCAUCGCUUCUGUGGCCACCAACUUCCUCCUGGGCAUCACAGCCAACUGCUGUCACCGCUGGAGCAAGGCCAGUGAAGAAGAAGAGAUUUGACACAGGUGCCUCUCAUCCCUCCAUGCUGCUGCCACUGGUGUUGACCACUGGACACCUGGGAUCAUGGUGCCCUGGCCACCUCCAUCAUAGCUCAGACAAGGUUGGGAAACUAACUUUGUGUGAGCAUCCAUCCACUUUGGGCCAGGCACUGUGCUAGCAACUGGGAAUGAAAGACACAUCUAACCAAGUCCCUGCCCUUCAGGUACUUACUUUUAAUAAAGAAAGCAAUUCCAAAACAUCCUUUUAUGACAAAAUGUCAGUGCUGAGCACAGUGUUAGGGAAGCCCAGAGGAGGGUCCAUCAUCUGUGCCUCAAAAGUCCAAGAAGAAUUGCAAGAAUGAUCUGCUAAGUAGAUAGAGAAAGGAUGACCAGGGCAAAUGAUAGGGCUUACUGUGCAGGGUAUGUCGAGAGAGCAACACACUGCUCCUUGUGGCCUAAGUGUGUAGAGGAGGUGUACGCAAAAGCAAAACUUCCCUCUGACACUCAAUUUUCCAGUCCCCACUGUAGCCUGCCACUGCCCUCCAGGAGUGAGAUGGCCCCCAGCUCCUUGACCCCCUUCCACUAGCAGCUUUGGGGUAAAAUGACCCCCGGGGACUUCCCUAUGCUGCCCCAAUUGCAGCCUCAUGGUGAGGUCCCAGACAACUGGCUAAGGGUAAUUACCCUCAGCACCCUUCCUUCCAUCCCUGUCUCUGACUCUGACUCUAGACUUGUCUUCAAGGAGAAGGCAGAAGGCCCCCACCAUGGUGGCAGCAACAGUCUUGGCACCCUGGGACCCCAAUUGUGUGAUGGCUCUUUCCAUGGUGCUUACACCAAAGGAACUCACCAGGAAAGUACACUGUAGGGCUUGGAGCCUAGCAUGUCAGUACCCAGGGCAGGAGGAUAAAGCCACCACAUUCACAACCAUGGGAUUAUAUGUCUUUUCUUCUAAUUAACUCACUCAUUUGAGCAUAAAGGAAGGAGAGCUAUUAAUUCCUGAUUGCUAGUGUCGGGCAGUGUAAGAAGCUCCCUCCUCAACAGUUUCCUUUCACACAUACCACAGCUCUCGGGGAUUUAUUGUUCCCAUUUUGCAGAUGAGAUCAUCAGGCUCAGAAAGGAUAAGGUAGCAUGCUAUGUCAUGAUCAAAAUACAAUCAGUAUCCUUCAUCACAACUCUUUCUAAAGCUAUGUAAAUUCAAAUUCAAGCCAUGCUAAUGAAGUUGCUGAUAAGGACCAGGCAUUGCUCUGGGCAUGGUUAUAUUUUCUAAUUCAUCUCUUUCCAUUCUCACUGCCAGACCGUUUUUACUGUUCCCACUUUGCAGCUGAAUUGUAGCUGAAUUUCAUUGUAGAGAGCUGGGCUUCUUGUCCAAGUUAUCUGUGUAAACAAAGAAUAUGACCGUUGACUCCAUUGAGGAAAUCUGUAUCUAAUCAGUCAGGCACCAAGGACUGUGUGGAAACAUGAUUAUCACCGUCUUUGUCAUCUCCAUAUUCCUCAUCUAUGUCAUCAGCUUCAUUGAGAUCUUCCCUGUCUUCUUGGGCCCUGGGAAGUCCAAGCAGCUUCUUUUGCAUUCCUCUCCUUGGCUUCUCACAACUCUGUGUGGGAAACAAACCAAAACGCUGUUUUACAUGUAGGAAAGCAGAGGCUCAAGAUGAGUAUGACUUCGUCCUAACGCUGGACUCAGUUCUGCCGUGGUUCUCUUUCCAGUGCUCCCUUGGGCAUUUGGGGGAAGAGAAUGUCCUGGAAGCCUCCGUAGCAGAGCCCUAGAAUUCAACAGUCAUUGACACAAUAGUAAUCACAAAAAUGAAUAGAAGGCAGCAAAGCCCAGCUGUGCCCAGAUUGUGCUCACAGAGGGACAAUGCCAGCCUCUAAAACACAGAGGCAGCACACGUAACAUCUAAACAGAAGACGCCUUCUUAACAAUGUCUGAGUCCGUCACUAGGACUGGCGGCUGCGUUGACAUCAUUUUUCAGUCAAAUUUUUGGAAAGGAAGAGAAAUGGUUCCUACUGUGUGUUGUGUUACAAGAGAAACUGAGGAAUCUGAGAAAAUGAUAGGUGAGAUCGUCUGUAGAAGACAGGAAGACUUAAGGCCCAGUCUUGUCGGCAAGGCUGGCUAGAGUGAGGGUGAAAACAAGAGCUUUCUAUCUUGGCUCUAACCCCAGCAAGCAUCCAUCAUCCACCCCCAGGUAGCCCUAAAAUGCAUGGAGGAGAAGAGUAUGUCAUCUUCCAGCUCAUCUACAUUGAUCUAAUCAACCAAAGCAGUCCCCGGAAGCUUUCCCCCUCACUCUUGCUUCUGCUGUCUAGGCCAGAGCUCUGCUCCUAUGAAAUAUGACAUAGAACAUAACCCUGCUCUCCCUGUCCACCCAUCUGCAGCCAACAAUGGUGGACUCUAGCUAUCAUCCACCAGUUAAGCUUAUCAUCUACAGUGUUUUGGAAAGGAACUUUUAGAAAUAGUAUUCCUGAUUUAAAAAAAAAAAAAAUCAUUUAACUUUCCAUAGAGGAACACCAUGCUCACUUACAGUAAUCUCCUGGGCACCACUGUUUGCUGAAUUAUAGUUAACAUAUUUUAAGAUAUACUACUCUAUUUCACAUAGAAUUAGAACAAGACAAGACACCAAAUGCCUCUUGAGAUCAAGUGUCCUUCCGAGUGGCACAAUUUGAUCUCCAUUAAUGGCAAAGACUUCUGAGCAAGAUACAUCAAGAAAAUGUUUCUCCAGCUUCUAGAAGAUCCCCAGUUAACUAAGGCACAAGAAGGGAGACAUCCAGCCUCCAUACUAACAUGGAAUUCCACUACUACCACCAUCCUGUUCAGGCUGUCAGAACUAAGUGUCUAGAAAUAAUAUAAUAAUCCUUAUUGUGAGUGUUUGCAUAUCCUGGUAACCACAACCCUGUUAUGAUGUUCCCAUGAAGUUUCAUUUAGUUUUUUCCUCACUGGCUAACAUGUGUGUGAUGGGGCAUUUGUUUGUCCAUAUGUGUAUCUGUGGUCCACUUAUGUUGAUUAUCUACUGACUUGGAGAAUAUUCCUUUGAAACAUGAGUUCAAUUUUCUAACACAAUCCACUCAGCUGUCAGGCUGAUACACAAAUAUGGACCCUCCACAAUUGUCUGGCUGCACGGGAAAUAUGAAAAGAUCCAAUGCUACAAUUGAAACAACCUAAUGAAAACCUGGUUCCUCCCAACUUCCCUCUGUCCUCCUCUAUCCCCUACAGACUUGUCCCCUUCACAGAAGUUUCCUUUAUGCUGGGUCUGAAAACGUCAGGUCAUAACUAACCAACAAGAUUAUGAUGGUCAAGGUCUGGACAAGAAAAUUUUUUUUUAGAAAAGAUCCUGUGUCCUCAUCACACCAUUCUGGACCAUGUACCUCUGAUUAUCCUCAAGAUACCACCUCCUUUUCCAUUCUCACCAGGAUUCCCGUCAAAACGUGAAGAAAUAGGUUGUCCAGGGAUGCUACAGAGUUUCAUGGUCUCAGUUAAGGGCUUGGUGUAAUGGAUUUAAAGAGAUUUUAAUGGAUUUAAAGAGUACAUGUAUUUCAUUCCAACCCUUGUGAAAAGCCAACAGCUCCAUUUUCUCCAUAGACAUUCUUUUCAUUUGUAGAAGAGCACAAGGAGACCCCUUUGUUCAUUCCUCAAAGGGACAGCGUCCUCACAGCUAGGGAACCUUGUCUGCUUUUGUGUGCCCAGAAGGAGGCAAAAUGAAGUAAGAGAGGCACGACCCAAGGGCCUUUUGUACACCACAGCGCUGACCAGGAGCUGGGUCCACAAAGCUCUCAGUUCUCCUAAGCCCUGAUGUCUGGUGGUGGGAGGGUGAGGGAGGAGUAGGGAAGAUGCCGCCGACCUUUGUAUGGAAAUUAUUUUAUAACCAUGCACUUUUGUAACUGUAACGAAUUUUUCAUAAAUGUACAUUAAUAAUAAAAAAUGUAUAGUUUAA